AUGUCCAAUAAACUAUACGACAUUCUGGAAGAACCACGUCAGGUUAGCAGCGAAGAAGAAGUCGAUUCCAAACCGAAACCGAACACAUUUUGCGAAAAGGGCCUUUUAAUAUCAAUAAUCGCAGAUGAAGACACGUGUGUUGGUUUUCUUCUAGGAGGUAUAGGUGAGGUAACAGAAGAUCAACGACCUAACUACUUUGUGGUAAAUAGAAAGACUAAAAAUACCGACAUUGAAAAGGCUUUCAAGGAAUUUUCACGUAGAACAGACAUCGGAAUGAUCCUUAUAACAAGGCAGGCUGCUGAUAUGAUACACGCUGUCAUAAGCUCGUACAAACGAACAGUUCCUACAGUAAUGCAGAUACCUGGAAUAUAUGGACCUUAUGAGUUCAUCAAUGAAGACGUUUUACACAAAGCUGAGGUAAGCCUGAUAAUUAUUUUUUAG